GUGCCUCAGUUCCUUCUCUCCGGCCCUUAACUUUUUUGGGCUUUUUUGGCUCUUCAAUUUUUUUCCUGUUGUCUCUGUCUCUCUCUCCCCAACUCCGCGCUCUCGAUUUGCUUCCUUUUGAAGCUCAUGUGAAAUGGAAGCUCUACCUUUUCAAUGCGUACCUUCUUCCCAUUCUGGGAGAGGAGGAGGUGGAGGUGGUGCUGGACCCCAGAGGAUGAUUGACGAGGAGGAAUCGACGGUGGAGGUUGAAGAGAAGAGGAAGUGUCGGGCGGUGAAGGAAGCACAACCACCGUGGAUCAAGCUGGGCCUGGGGAUUGGUUCAAACUCUGCUACUGCCGCUUCUGCACAGAACCCCGUGACUGAACACGGAAAGCCUGUGGUGUUGACGCCAGCCCAGUUGCAUGAGCUUCAAGGACAGUCCUUCAUCUACAAGCACUUAGAGGCUGGUCUUCCUGUUCCUCUUCACCUCCUCGUUCCCAUUUGGAAGAGUGUAGCUAGCUGUUUCGGGCCCUCUAUUUAUAAGCUAUACCCUAGCUUUAUAGGUUAUUUUAGUCCUCAGGGGUUUGACUAUAGGACCAUGAUGGAUCCUGAACCAGGAAGGUGUAGAAGAACUGAUGGGAAGAAAUGGAGAUGUGGGAAGGAUGUGGUGCCGGAUCAGAAAUACUGUGAGCGCCACAUGCACAGAGGCCGUCAGCGUUCAAGAAAGCCUGUGGAAGCUAUUGAAAUUUCAUCUCCAGAUUCAGUGCCAUCUGGCAGUGGCUGGUCAAAUGACAAAUUAGGGGAGUCAAACCCAAAUCAUGCCACUUCAGCCACUAUAGGACUUCAACUCAUGACCCAAUCCAGCCAUGAUCUGACUACCAUAACCCAUAGCAGCAUUACUGGAAGCAAAAAAUAUGCGAGUUGCGACGCUAUCACCACCAGAACCCCAUCCCUGCCGUUGCUGACCAUGACCUCCAUACCUGCCACUGUGGCCAUGGGAACCACCACUACCCUUGCCACUGUAUCCACCUUCACUGCUAAUGUCAACCAAAAGAUUGAACACAUUUCUGAAAGCAAAGACAGAAGUGGCAACGAUGCAGUUUACAAUACCACCAUGAAAAGCAAGAGCAACAGGGUUAUAUCACCGGGAUUGGGCUUCUCACCGAAGAGUGUUCUUCAAGUUCAAACUUGCAACAGCCAAUGCUUCGGAGUUCAAAAUGGCAUUGAACUCGAACCAGGGCGGUGUAGAAGAACAGAUGGGAAAAAGUGGCGGUGCAGCAGGGAUGUUGUUCCUGAUCGGAAGUAUUGUGUACAGCACAUGCACAGGGGUGCCAAAAUGCGCUUGGCAGCCUCCCAAGCAAUUUAUGUUCCCGCUACUUCCAGUUCUACAAGUCAAAGAGCUUCACCAUCUCUCCGGAUAAACAUACCCAAGAAAGCAAAAUUUCCAUCUCCGAACACAGAUCUUUCCAUCUCAAUCCAAGCAAGCCCUCAGCCGAUGCUUGAUGAAAAAAGUGCCUCCAUCAGUAGCAGUGACACUACUACUACGGACACCAGCAUCACUGCCAAUGAAUACGGUUAUGUUUCGGCAUGAAAUGUUGUCUAGAAGACCAACCCUGUAAACUUCCAAGCGCUUUUGUAACAUUUCGAGCGGCUGAGAGACCAGUUUUGAUGCACCGUUUCACUAUUUUGUUAAAUGGAAGCAUUGUGUUUGACUUCGCUGUUUUGGUUUGGAUGAGAAAUUAGAGCAGGAAUUGCAUGAA